UGGAAAUGUGACAACAGGGGGAACUGAUCCCUGGCGAGCCGAUGCAGAAAAACCUAUCAAGUACGCGAAGGUGUCUCAAUUUCACAUCAAUUCCGAAUUUCCCACGUCAUCUGAGGCGUAGUAUAUCGAUCACUUAGAUAAAAGUGCAACCCAAGAGGCAGCAGUAGAUGUGUGGGCUGUGGCGUGUGCAGCAUGAAGAGAGCGGGGCGGCCUGCGGUCUCUAAGGCUCCCACCACCAGCCCUGCCGCCAAAGGCCCCGCCCCCAAGUCCUCCAGCUCCGCCCCUGCUGCUGCUGCUGCCGCCGCCGCUCCUGCUGCCACGGCUACUCUGGACAAGGCGAAGAGUCCUGAUGAUCUGUCAGCACCCAUGGCAGGGGGGGCUCCAGCAGCGAACGGCACGGUUGCCAAGGUGAAGAAGAGCAGCGGCGCUCUCCCGGCCGCAUCAGGGAGCAGCGCCGAGAACAAGGCCAAAGCUCAACCCGGCUCCUCGUCCCGGCGGGCCUCCUCCUCCGCCUCCAAGGAGCCUGGCUCGAGCCGGGAGCGAGCGCGGACCUCGCGCGCCUCCGCGGGGAAGAAGGCGGGCUCGGGGGGCGGCCCGGACGCGGCCCAGGCCCAGGCCAAGCGCUCGCGGGCCCAGACCCCGGCGGCGGGGGACGCGGAGGGCCGCAUGAGCAAGUCCAAGUCGGACGGUCAGCUGAGCGAGCGGACGGCGCUGGAGACGCGCGUCAAGGACCUCCUGGGCGUCGCCCGCGGGAAGGACGUGGAGAUCCUGCAGCUGCGCGGCGAGCUGAGGGAGCUGCGUCUGCAGCUGGGCCUCCCCGAGGAGGAGGAGGAGGAGGAGGAGGAGGAAGAGGAGGUGCAGGAGGAGGAGACGACGACCACGAGCACGCCGCAGCAGAGGGAGGCGCAGGCCGCCAUCAGCGCCGCCGACGUGGAGUCCACGCUGCUCCUCCUGCAGGAGCAGAACCGGGCCAUCCGCAGCGAGCUCAACCUGCUCAAGAGCGAGAACCGCAUGCUGAAGGACCGGCUCAACGCGCUGGGCUUCUCGCUGGAGCAGCGGCUGGACGGCGGAGGGGUCAGCGCGGGCACCAGGGUCCCCCCGGUGGACGCGCUCGGCUUCUCGCUGGAGCAGCGGCUGGACGGCGCCGACAAGCUGUUCCACUACCCCUCCCUCAGCCCUGACCCCGCCUCCUCGGGCAGCGGUGGCGCCGGGUUGGCCUCUUCGGCAGAAGGCUCCGCCCCGGGCUCCAUGGAGGACCUGCUGACGGGCCAACAGCGAAGCGGCUCCGUGGACAACCUGGACAGCGAGUCCAGCGAGGUGUAUCAGGGGGUCACCUCCAGCGAUGACGCCCUGGACGCGCCGUCGGGCUCGUCGUCGUCCUCGGAGUCGGAGGGCGCGUCGGGGCCGGAGCGCUCGCGGAAGGGCAGCAGCGGCGGCGGGAGCGAGGUGUCGGUGGCCUGCCUGACGGAGCGCAUCCACCAGAUGGAGGAGAACCAGCACAGCACCUCCGAGGAGCUGCAGGCCACCCUGCAGGAGCUCGCCGACCUGCAGCAGAUCACGCAGGAGCUCAACGGGGAGAACGAGCGCCUCGGCGAGGAGAAGGUGCUGCUGAUGGACUCGCUGUGCCAGCAGAGCGACAAGCUGGAGACGUGCGGGCGUCAGAUCGAGUACCUGCGCUCGCUGCUGGACGAGCACUGCGUGGUGUACUCGGUGGACGAGGACAUCAAGAGCGGCCGCUACAUGGAGCUGGAGCAGCGCUACGUGGAGAACGCCGAGAACGCGCGCUUCGAGCGCGAGCAGCUGCUCGGCGUGCAGCAGCACCUCAGCAACACGCUCAAGAUGGCCGAACAGGACAACGCCGAGGCCCAGGGCGUCAUUCAGGCUCUGAAGGAGCGUAACCACCACAUGGAGCGCGUGGUGGAGCAGGAGCGGGAGGGCCGGGUCGCCAUGACGUCGGCGCUGGAGGAGUGCAAGGCGGCGGCGAGCGAGGAGCAGGCGGAGCUGGGCCGGUGCCGCGCGCAGCUGGACCAGGAGCGGCAGAAGGUGGCCGAGCUCUACUCGCUCCACAGCAACGGCGACCGCAGCCACAUCCACCAGCUGCUGGAGAACGCGCGGCUGGACAAGGAGCAGGCCCAGCGCCGGGCCGGCACGCUGCAGGACCAGCUCACGCACACGCGCACCGAGGUCAACCGCCUGCAGGACACACUCAACAAGCUGGAUGGCGAGUACCGUGAGUUCCAGGGCCAGGUGCAGCAGGAGCUGUCGGAGCAGAAGCGGGCGCUGGAGCUGCAGCGGGGGGUGCUGCAGGAGCGCGACGCCCAGAUCAGCGACAUGAAGGACACCAUCUUUGAGCUGGAGGACGAGGUGGAGCAGCACCGCGCCGUCAAGCUCCACGACAACCUCAUCAUCUCCGAGCUCCAGAACUCAGUAAAAAAGCUGCAGGACCAGAAGCACCUCAUGGAGCGAGAGAUUAAGAUCCUUCACCGUCGCUUGAGAGAGGAGUCUGCUGAGUGGCGGCAGUUCCAGGCAGACCUGCAGACUGCGGUGGUCAUCGCUAAUGACAUCAAGUCGGAGGCGCAGGAGGAGAUCGGGGAUCUACGGCGCCGCCUGCAGGAGGCCCUGGAGAAGAACGACAAACUCGGCAAAGAGCUGGAGGAGGUCAAAAACCGCAAGCACGAGGAGGAGCGCGGGCGUGUGUAUAACUACAUGAAUGCGGUGGAGAGGGACCUGGCAGCGCUGAGGCAGGGCAUGGGCCUGAGCCGCCGCUCCUCCACCUCCUCUGAGCCCUCCCCCACCGUCAAGACACUCAUCAAGAGCUUCGACAGCGCCUCGCAAGUGUGCACUCCCCCUCCCUCCCCCACAGGUCCCGGCCCCAACUCCGCCGUCGCCGCCGCCGCUGCUGCUGUUGCCGUGGCUGCAGUAAGCACCGUUCCCACGCCAACGACCAGCACACUGCCCCGCACGCCGCUCAGCCCCAGUCCCAUGAAAACGCCACCUGCAGCCGCCGUCUCGCCCAUACAGAGGCACUCCAUGGGUAAUUCUGUAGCUGCAGCCAAACCUCUCUCCUCCCUCUCUGACAAGAGACCCAGCUACACGGACAUCACCAUGCCCACUGAUCAUCUGUUGCGGGCAGCAUCCAGUGGUCGCCCAGCCCCGGUUAUUCAGAGAGUCUCCAACAUGGACUCAUCCAAAGCCAUCUCAGUCUCUCGUAGGAGCAGUGAAGAGGUUUCAGCUCCUGAGGGCAGCUCUGGCUCUUCCCUGAUGGCUGCCACUCCUCUCAGCCUCAGCUCACCCUCACCCACAGCACGCAGCAGACUCAGAGAGGAGCGGAAGGACCCAUUAUCUGCCCUGGCUCGAGAGUACGGGGGCUCCAAAAGAAAUGCGCUGUUGAGGUGGUGCCAGAAGAAGACAGAGGGAUACCAGAACAUUGACAUCACUAACUUCAGCAGCAGCUGGAAUGAUGGCUUGGCUUUCUGCGCCCUCCUCCACACCUACCUGCCUGCACACAUCCCCUACCAUGAGCUCAACAGCCAGGACAAGAGGCGGAACCUCACCUUAGCCUUCCAGGCAGCGGAGAGCGUGGGCAUCAAGUCCACUUUGGAUAUUAAUGAGAUGGUCCACACGGAGCGGCCGGACUGGCAGAGUGUUAUGACUUACGUCACAGCCAUCUACAAAUACUUUGAGACAUAAGCUUGCCUUCCUCCUUCACGUCUCCAUAGAGACUACAGGGCAGACCUUCCACUCAUAUCUGCCAUGUCCACUGACCUCGCUGAACCAAAUAGACAGCACAUGAACCAGUUUCCAGCUUUACCUCUGCAGUCCCCUGCACAGCACCAACACAGUGUUACCACUACACACCAAAAACCCUUUCUCUAGAACCCCAAUGGACCAUCUCUCUCUAGAACCCCUGCACAUCAUCUCUCAAGAACCCCAACAGACCAUCUCUCUAGAACCCCGACGGACCAUCUCUCUGAAGAACCCCAACAGACCAUCUCUCUAGAACCCCAACAGACCAUCUCUCAAGAACCCCAACAGACCAUCUCUCUUGAACCCCAACGGACCAUCUCUCUAGAACCCCAACAGAACCAUCUUUACAUCAAAAGAUCCACUUUCCAGAACCUCAACACCUCAUUACCCCAACAUAGCAACUCAAACUUCAAUUCCCCUGCAUCCCCUGAACUCCUGAGCUUCUCAGUGUAACCCCCAAAACACACUGGAAGCUCCUGCGCAGGGGCCCUAACCCUAACCCAUUCAGCUGCACAGGGGCCCUAACCCAUUCAGCUGCACAGGGGCCCCUAACCCAUUCAGCUCCACAGGGGCCCUAACCCAUUCAGCUGCACAGGGGCCCUAACCCAUUCAGCUGCUUUGGGGCUCUGACCCAUUCAGGUGCACAGAGGCCCUAACCGUAACCCAUUCAGCUCCAUAGGGGCCCUAACCCAUUCAGCUGCACAGGGGCCCCUAACCCAUUCAGCUCCACAGGGGCCCUAACCCAUUCAGCUGCACAGGGGCCCUUACCCAAACCCAUUCAGCUGCACAGGGGCCCUAACCCAAACCCAUUCAGCCGUGUAACCUGCGUUGAAUUGAACAGCAGCACCUCGGACCGGGACUUGAGUGUCCUUGCAAUCGAGCUAAAAGCCCAGGCUGCUAGCUCUCUUACUAGCCUGGCGAGCACAGGGCUGAGCCGUGCUGUUAAACACAAGGCAAGUUACACUGAUGCUGUGACCAGGGAGCCCCAAACACUAACACUCAGCUGCAUGGAGCCCCUAACUGAAACCCAUUGAGCUACAGAUCAGGUCCUUUACUGCGGAAGGCCUGGGACUUCUAAAACGUUACUGUGAAGUUGCCAGUAUGAUUUUAAACCCUAAGCUAAGCUCUAAACUCUGAGCUCCACGGUGGCGGCGGCAGUCAGCGCUGCCAACGCCGACGUGGAAUAGAACACUGGGCCCACCUGACGGGAUCUCGCGUUCACCUGUGUUGCCGUCAUAGGGGCCGUGAAGAACACCUGCGUACAGCUCAGUCUGCAUAAUGCAGUACCGUACGAAGCUCCGCCCCCAUCAGGACACAGCACUGCACUACAUGGAACUCUAAGAGGCCUCCUGUGCACGGGAGCAUCAUUUAGUGGAUUUGUGCUCGUUUGUAUUUUGAGCACAACUGGAGCUGGCUUAUUUUGAAGGAGAGACUAACUUCAGCCAGUUAAACCCCUUGACUACAUUCCAGUGCCUGUCUUGCACACCUUCGAUGAACAGUUACACUAAUGAAUGAAAUCGUGAAGUGCAUAUUUAAGGUGCCUUGGGUAACACUGCUGUGCUCAUUUUAAAAGGUGCCUCAGAUCACUCUCUGAUACUCACACACGUAGUGUUAAGGUAAAUUGAGUAUCAGUCCACUAAGUAUUCAGUUGGUCCAUUACAGACUGAUAUAACUCAACACAACAUCCGAAGCACUCUAAUGCCGCAUUCCACUUGUCUCCUAACGCAAGUAGUGAUUCGGAAUGAUGUCACAUCCGUGUAAAAACCUGAGCUGGUUCCGUUCCAGGUGUCAGCAAAGUCACGAGAAUAAAAUGCUACCGUUUAGCAGUGGUCUGUUGUUGGCAAUUGUUACCAGAUAUAGCAGCACACAUUUACACAAACAAAAAGUCAUUUUUUCUGUUCUCUGUCUGUUGUUUCUACGACUGAUUAAAUGAGACACAGACAGAACUGCUAACAAACAGGGCAUAUCUACGUUCUCAUUAGCUGGUAAUGGGCGCAGCCAUCUUGGAAUUUUGAACUCGUGGUACUCUGGGUUCGAAUGAGCCAGCGAGUCGGGAUACAACUUCAGGGGAUGUUCAAUUUGCAGCUUUCGUUUAAUAGCUCGGGAAAACAACUCUGUGACCGACUUGGGCAGACAAAUGGAAUGCGGCAUGAGGCCAAUCGCCCAGCAUACAGUGAUGCAAGAAAGAUUUAACUUUGAGAUUCUUGGAAAUCUGCAUAAAUUUGACCUACAUUUUGUACAUUGUACAUGUACAUUAGGAUAUUUUUGUUAGCAGUAGAGUAAUUAUUCACAAAUAACAAAAUACAAAUUAAGUCAACAGUUAAUGUCCUUGGUGUGAAAGAGUUUGUGAACAACUUGAACAUUUGCUUCAAUUAAGUUCCACAAUUUGAUUAUCAAUAUUACACCAGUUAGGAUUAGGAGGAAUUUUGGUAUUUUCCUCUGCACACAAGUAUGCCAGCUACACUCAGCCGCAUCAAAAAUAAAUAAAUAAAUAUUUGCACAUUGUCGUGAAAACAAAUCCAUUUUGACUUAAGUCAUAUUUAUGCAGUUUCAGAAAUUUCUAAAAUGCUCAUUUUUUUUGCUGAACUGUAGUUAACACUGUUAUGCAUGCCACACUCUAAGCAUCCUUUUAGCCAGGCACCCAAUAUAGCUAACUUUAUUAGCCAGGCCCCCAGUAUAACUAACUCUAUUAGCCAGGCACCCAGUAUAGCGAAUUCUACAGCUUGUGCAGUACCCUAAUCAUCCUAAGAGUCAGUGUAUAACAAUUGUAAAACAAUCAUGUACACAUCUGCCUGUACAGCUCUUCUUUUGGAAAGGCAUUCCACCAUGUGUUAUUUCACCUUUGCUCUCUGAAUCUCUUGACUUACAUCUUGAUUAAGGUUUCAGGAAUAAUUCCUACGUGUUUUUGUAUAGGACACUCCUUUUCCACGGACUGGUCACUAAAAAGCAGGACUUUUUAGUUAGCUGAGAUAAAAAACCAGGUCUCAUUUCUUUGUAUGAUCUUGUGUUUAUGCUUCACUCAUAUCUAGAAGUGCCCAAGGCCUGUCUUAAACUCUGUGUGUGUGCGCGCGCGUGUGUGUGUGUGUGCGUGUGUGUGUGUGACAGAGUGACAUGCUAUUUGUGUCUUUGCGCUUGUGUACUUGUGCCUUAAUGCUUCACCACCUGAGACAUUCUCGUGUCCUUGACCUUGUGACCUCAUGACCUUCCCUAUGUGUUCAUGUGUGUUUGGGAUGGUGCCCAAUGAUGUUUUAUGACCACCAUCUUUAGUCUCUAUCACAGGCACGCUUUUUCCAUUAAAUAUCAGUUUCCUUCAGAAGUCAUGGAGGUGUAUGUUUGUAUGUGAAAGAGCAUCACUGGCUUCUAGCUCCUCCCUUCUAGCUCCCCCUGAUCAUCUGAGCGUGCCCCGUAGAAUAAAGAAUAGCUCUUUAUCUAAACCUGAGGGUAGGUUGGGCGUUUUGUCUAAAUAUAGUAAGUAGACAAGGUAGUCCCUGUCUCGGCACCCAAACAAAGCUGCCAUUGUUCUGGAAGUGUGCGGUGUGGAAGCCAGUUGUGUUCUGAAUGACAUGCUUCUGUCCUAUGGUCUGACUGGAGUUGUCACUUCUUGUAAAUGCUGACAAUACUGUAUGUGUCAACACAUGCCAACUUGAUCAUUUGUUCUGCUCAGUGAAGGAGCCAUCAUCGUUAUUUACAUGCUGUGAAAGGAAGAGCUAUGCCAAUUACUCAAGUUAACACUCACAAUUUACAUACUUCAUCCUCAUUACAUGACCAUUGCUGAACUACAAAAUCUUCCUGCGUUGCAUUUUAGAAGGCUAAGUUGCUAUUCUUCAUAUAAUGGAAGUCACUUAUACUUAACAUUACCUUAAAUUUCACAUGCUCUUAAACUAGUGGCUGGAUGUGAGGUGAGCAGUGUUUCCAACUAGGUGAGAGUUGACCCUAACACUAGAAACGCAAAAACAAUCGAGCAAUUCUGUACCAAAUUUGUACAAGAUGAUUUGUACGAUAAGCAUGAAGGAAGUAUGUAUUUUUCAACUUCAUAUCUUAUGAAUGGAGUUCAGUGGCUUUGGCUGUUAUCAAGUGUAGCUGGACUCUGGAAAGGUGAAUGUGUUUCUGAAUGUGUGUAUUGCAGCUCAUAAACAAAUGUGCGACCGUGUAUGCUCAAGGUAGACGCACACAUGCUGUUCUCUUUCAGGCAACCCAGAGGUUCUUCCUGUAGUUGCUCUCUCGUGCAUAAGAUGGAAAACAUCAACUAAGACUACAAACUCCUUGUCCUUCAUGUUUGAUCGAUUUGACAUGGACAGUGACCAGCCUUUGACCCGAGUUGUGGACACAAUGCUUUCACUCUCAUACUGCAGGUUGGAUGGCCAUUGGGCUGCCAGCCACACAGAAAUAAUUGAUGCUUUCCUUUCAGCCUUCAUCCUCAUGGCCUGCUUCAAGAGAAAGCACAGACCUCUCUUUUACAUUUGAUUUGUGUUUGUUUAUUUUUAUAAUUAAAUCUAUUUUGAGGAAUAGAUCAAAUAUCCCAUACUGAUGAUCAAGAGGGCAAAAGUACUGAUGACUAUCAAGGUCACUUGGAGCCUCUCCUGACAGUUGGUCGAUGGAGUGUAUUAUAUGUCUAUAUUUAUAUUGGUUAGAAAUAUUAAAUAA